AUGGAGAACGUAAGAGAGUCUCAUAGGCAACAAAGGAAGGGCUGCACUCUGUUACUCUUUCCACUGCCACUACAAGGCCACAUAAACCCUAUGCUUUGGCUUGCCAACAUACUCUACUCUAAAGGUUUCUCCAUCAUCAUAAUCCAUACCAAAUUCAACUCUCCAAAUCCUUCCAAAUACCCUCAUUUCACCUUCCAUUCCAUCCCCGAUGGCUUGCUCGAAGGCGAGGCUUCCACAGCUGAUGUUGUGGAUUUAGUUACACUCCUCAAUGUUAAAUGUAUCAGAUCAUUUCGUGAUAGUUUGGUUAAAUUGUUGUUGGAAGUUAAGGAGGAGCCUAUUGCUUGCUUGAUCACAGAUGCUGACUGGUACUUCACUCAAGCUGUUGCUGAUAGUUUGAAGCUCCCAAGGCUCGUGUUACGCACCAGCAACAUUUCUUUCUUCCUUGUUUUUGGUGCUUUGCCACUUCUGCUGGAAAAGGGUUAUAUCCCCAUCAAAGAUUCCCAACUAGAAGAGCCAGUGGUUGAGCUUCCACCACUGAAAGUGAAAGAUCUUCCAGAAAUCAAAACAAGGAAUGUGGAGGAUUUUUAUCAUUUGGUAGCUGGAUUAGUGAACGAAAGCAAGGCCUCUUCAGGACUGAUUUGGAAUUCUUUUGAAGACCUUGAGCGAGAUGCACUGAGUAAACUAUACCAGGACUUUCCCAUUCCAAUCUUUACAAUAGGUCCAUUUUACAAGUACUUUUCAGGCACUUCAAGCAGCUCACUAACAGAAGACCAAAGUUGCAUUUCUUGGCUGGACAAAAAAGCUCCAAAUUCUGUAAUCUAUGUGAGCUUUGGAAGCAUUGCAGAAAUAAAUGAGGCUGAAUUUCUGGAGAUAGCUUGGGGGCUAGCCAAUAGUAAUCAACCCUUCUUGUGGGUGGUUCGACCUAGAUUAGUCCGUGGCUCAGAAUGGAUUGAACCAUUGCCUGAUGGGUUCCAGGAGAGGCUAGGUGGAAUAGGGCAUAUUGUCAAAUGGGCACCUCAGAAGGAAGUACAAGCACAUCCCGCCAUUGGAGGGUUUUGGACACAUAAUGGAUGGAAUUCAACAUUGGAGAGUAUAUGUGAGGGAGUUCCUAUGAUUUGUCACCCUAUAUCUGGAGACCAAAAGGUAAAUGCAAGGUAUGUGACAGAUAUUUGGAGAAUUGGGUUGCAUUUAGAGAAAAAACUAGAACGAGGGGAGAUAGAGAGGGCUGUUAAAAGACUAAUAGUAGAAGCAGACGGACAGGAAAUGAGGAAGAGAAUAAUGUCUUUGAAGGAGAAGGUGGAGAUUUGCCUGAAACAAGGAGGUUCUUCAUAUGAUUCUCUAGAGAGAUUGACAGAUUACAUUCUCUUAUUGCAGCCUUUGCGUUCUCAUUGAGCGUGCUUUUGAUAUCGUGCCCUUAAGAAAUAAGGGUAUGUAUAUUAGGUACUGCCUAAUAAUUAAUUAUGUAAUAAAAUGAGUAAUGAAGUGUAGUAUAACUAUUAUUUGAUUAUAAAAUAAAAAUACAAGUAAUGUCA